UGGGUAUUGUUUGUCUAUCCGUCUUCCCUAAUCUUUAUAGUUCUGCAAAUCCUCUCCCCAGCAGCCCACAAAAGAGCGAAGAAGAGGGUGGGCAAAAUAGUAAUUAAGUGAGCACCUUGCUUUGCCUGCUGAUCUCCACACUAAUCCACAUUACAGUUGACCUUUAAAUUGAAACACUCACUUUCAACCCACGUCUCUCUCUCUCCUCCUCCAUAUUGAUUUCGGUUUACCUUCUUCCCCAAUUCCUCUGCUUUCUUUUCGUUCAUUUCUUUCCACAUUUCCAUACCCCAUGUCGUUUAACCAGAUGCAGGAGGACGACGAUGAGGAGGCCUUGGAGCAGACCCUCCUGGUCGUCCGAGAGGUUUCCGUCUACAAAAUUCCUCCCCGCACCACCUCCGGCGGCUACAAGUGUGGCGAGUGGCUCCAAUCCGACAAGAUCUGGUCCGGUCGCCUCCGGGUCGUUUCCUGCAAGGCCCGCUGCGAGAUCCGCCUCGAGGACCCGGCAUCAGGGGACCUCUUCGCCGCUUGCUUCGUCUAUCCGGGUCAGCCCCGCGAAAGCUCCGUCGAGACCGUCCUCGAUUCGUCCCGCUACUUUGUCCUCAAGAUCGAGGACGGCGGGGGCAAGCACGCCUUCGUGGGACUUGGCUUCUCGGAGCGCAACGAGGCCUUCGACUUCAACGUUGCACUCUCCGAUCACGACAAAUACGUCCGGAGAGAGCACGAGAGUGGGGACGCCACUGAAAACGACACCCAAAUCGAUAUUCAUCCCGCUGUUAAUCAUAGAUUGAAGGAAGGUGAAACAAUCAGGAUAAAUGUAAAGCACAAGCCUACUAGUGGGAGUGGUAUGCUUUCAGCUGCUUCUGACUGGGGGCUUUCUGGAACUGGAAAGCCUAAAGCAUUGAGCCUUGCCCCACCACCCAGUGGAGCAGGAAAAAUCAGGUCUCCACUCCCUCCACCUCCCAAUGAUCCUGUUGCUGCUCGGAUGACCUCUGCCAGUCACCACGGUGUUGGUCUCAAGGGGUCUAAGGAAAAUGUGAUGCAUUCCAAUGAUCCUUUAUCAGACCUUUCACUGCUUGAGAGAAAUCUUCCUUCAGCAACUGGAUCAGGAUCGACAAAGACCGCUGCUUCAGGAUGGGCAGCCUUUUGAUUGUGUGAGCAUUUAUUGAUUGCGGUUGAGAUCUUUGUUUGGUGGCGUCUUUUGAAAAAAAAUGAAAAAGUAACAAAAAUGAGAAUGAGAAAAUAGAAAGCGAAAGGUACCAAAUACUUCAAUAUCUGGAUAAUAAUGUUUCCUGGAAUAUAUAUAUCUACCUAUUUCCUUUGUCCUAAUUGAACCUUUUUUUUACAAAUCCUGGAAUCUUGAAGGUCUUAACUG